UGGUUAUAGGAAAACCCCAGAAUUCAUUUAACUUUGUUGACAAAAAUCGAUGUGAAACCGAAAUAAUUUUGAUAACUAAUCACCAUGUCAACAGUCCAUACUUGACCAUACAGUCUUGACAUUGACAAGGAAGAGAGAAGAUUAUAGGGUAAUGUAAACUGGAAAGACCCGAAACAAAUCGUUACCAGGAAGUUGUAUACAGCCUUUUAACGCGGAAGAAGACCAAGAGUAAAAGCAGACAUGUCGAUUUGCACAGAAAACAACAUCUUCGGCUUUUUCUUCGUCGUCAACGGAGCCAUUAAUUCUUUAUCACAAGGAUGGGCUGAGCAUACCAACACAACAGCCUUCACUCAACAGAAGCAGCAUGCAUUUGCUCAUCCGUUCUUCCUGCAAUGUGGCAAGUUCUUCGGUGAACUGUUCUGCCUUCUCCUCUAUGGCAUCGUCUUCGGUCGUUGUGGGAGCUCCAACACCCCACUAACCUUACCCCCAGACAACGCACAGAACAGACCUGCCCCAGCGGCUCGUCCAACAACGGCACCGACUCGACCCCCGACCAACUUUAUCCAGCUGCAAGAACAGGAACCAUCAACAUGGAACAAGUUUAUCUUCGUUCCCUGUGCACUUUGCGACCUGGCCAAGACUGGGAUGUUGUAUGUUGGACUGAAACUCACAUACUCCAGCAGUUAUAUCAUGUUGCGAGGGUCUGUGCUGUUCUUCACCUCGCUGUUGUCCGUGGCGUUCCUGGCCAGGAACCUUCAGACUCAGAUGUGGGUGGGGAUAGGUGUGUCCAUCGUGGGCAUGGCAGUCAUCGGGAUUCGGGACUAUAUAUUUCCACCCAGUUCCAAGUACGAUGCAUAUGGAAUAGCUGCAGGUGACCUACUGAUUGUGAUGGCCCAGAUCAUGACAGCAACCAAAGUCGUCUUAGAGCAAAAGUUCGUCACCAAGCACAACAUCCAUCCCUUGUUGGCUGUGGGACUGGAAGGAUUGUUUGGGUUCCUUAUCACGGUCAUCCUACUGAUCCCAUUCUACUUCGUCAAGGCUGGAGCCUUCAGCGUCCUUCCUGAAAACAGACUGGAAGAUCCCAAAGAUGCAUUCAUGCAGAUCAAGAGCACCUGGCAAAUUGCACUGGCCUUCAUUGGAUGUGUAGUGAGUGUUGCCUUCUACUUCUACUUUGGAAUCGACUUUGCCAAGAAACAUGGUGCUAUAGCCAGGAUGGUGCUGGAUGGCUUUGCAUCAUUGAUAUCGUGGGCAGUGUUUCUGGGAGUAGGCUGGCAGAAGUGGCACCCGCUGCAGAUACUGGGGUUCAUCCUGGUUGUGGUGGGAAUCUUACUGUACAGUGACUACGUCUUCAUGCCGGCAUUCAACAUGCUGCGGAGGAGAUAUUUCCCCACGUACAUCCGCGACACCAGUAUCCCCAUCCCUCGACCUGAAGACAUGCGGCCCCUGCUCCUGGAGGACUCUCCAGGUAUUCAGGAGGGACGGGAAGGGCCUGGAGGACCUCCACGAGACAAUCAGAAUGUGCCCUGCUAGUGAUCUUCUACCACAAGUUGUCAAAUUGUUGGAUACCUUUCAUAUUGUUGAAUUCUUGUCAAAUUGUUGGAUACUUGUCAAAUUGUUAGACACCUGUACAAUUGUUAGACACCCGUACAGUUGUUAGAUGCCUGUACAAUUGUUAGACACCUGUACAAUUAUUAGACACCUGUACAGUUGUUAGACACCUGUGCAAUUGUUAGACACCUGUACAGUUGUUAGACAUCUUUACAGUUGUUAGACACCUGUGCAAUUGUUAGAGACCUGUACAGUUGUUAGACAUCUGUACAAUUGUUAGACACCUGUGCACUUGUUAGACAUCUGUACAGUUGUUAGACACCUGUGCAGUUGUUAGACACCUGUACAGUUGUUAGACACCUGUACAAUUGUUAGACACCUGUACAAUUGUUAGACACCUGUACAGUUGUUAGA